UCAGCGCGCGAAGGCUUUGCGUUUGCUGCUGGCGUCGUGCAGGGGUCUCAUUGCUACCGUCAUUCCGCCAACCUGAUAAAACUACUAGUCCGGGGCAAGUUCUUAAUCUAAUUAAAUAUCUUAAAGUAUCUUUUAAAAUACCUUCAGCCUCAAGGGUCGGAAGAGGCCAAAGCGUUUGUAAAUGCCUUCCUGAAGCGUAGUAUGCCAAAAAUGAAAGAUGAAGCUAUCCAGGAUAUACUGACUCGGAAAGCUGUAGUUCUUGAGCAUUAUUCAAAAAAAAAGACAAAGCGAAAGAGGAAGAAAACAAAAGGUUUUACUGCCAAGCAAAGGCGAGAAAUGCAUCUUUUUGAAAUUGAACCCGAACAGCAAAGAUACACAAUCUUUCUACCACUACAUGAACUCUGGAAACAGUAUAUCAGAGACCUCUGUCACGGACUUAAGCCAGAUGCGCAACCACAUAUGGUUCAGGGCAAACUGCUAAAAGCUGAUCUCCAUGGAGCUAUUGUUACAGUCACAAAAUCAAAGUGCCCCUCUUACGUUGGGAUAACAGGAAUCAUUCUACAGGAAUUUAAACAUGUCUUCAAAAUUAUCACUAAAGAGGACAAAUUAAAAGUUGUUCCCAAACUUAACAAUGUAUUUAGCUUGGAGAUUGAUGGAUUCAUUUCCUACAUCUAUGGAAGCAAGUUCCAGCUUAGAGCAAGUGAGCGAUCUGCAAAGAAGUUCAAGUUGAAAGGAACUAUUGACCUAUGAUUUCAUGGAAAAUCAGAAGUAUUAAUAGAAGUGUCUGCUGUUUUCCUGCAGUUUCAAGACCAGGUUUGCUGGCAGAUUAAAUAGCCAUAUGAAAUCUUUGCUAAAGCGUUUCUUCUCACUGAAGAAUUACUAGUAUCUGUUGUCUUUUAAGCAGUCUCUCAGACUGCUGCAGUUUGUUGUAUCUGUUUGUUUUGUUAUUUGUAUAUAACAUUCUGGCUUUUAUUAAACUUACAUGAUUAGUAUUGAUUACCUGACUUGUUUCAAUUUAUAAUCAUGAAUUUGCACAAUGAAAAUUAUAUCAUGUAACUGUGA